AUAAAAUGCCUACAUGCCCAAGCCCACAACCUUCUGUAAACAGUACAUGCCACUUUAUGGACUACCAGCUACCACUAAUAUGGGUUAUUUAAGCUGCUAGUUAGAAGCCAGUGCUAUUGCAGUUUACUUUAAAAAAACAUAUGCCUAACCGUAAUAACUGCUACUGUUUGACGCAAUGCCUGUCUACUCUUUUUUACGUAUCACGGUGUACUUUUCUCUUCUCUGCAAUUGGUAUAGCUCAUUAGAACCGGAAAUAGAUUUUGUAAACAUUGUAACCGUGGCAGCGACUCUGUGAGUGAACUGUCUAUAGGUAGUGAAGUAACUGUUUAUUGACGGUUUAGUUAGGUUUGGGAGGGUAGCCAAGCAAAGAAGGCCGAGGGCGUUUUAACGCUGGAUAUCGUUUACGGGAGUACGUGCUGAAACCGCUUACUUUUCCCUUAUGUGUGAGAUGUAGCAGACUUGACACCAGAUGGAGUGCCUUCUGUGUGGAGUCUGCAUGUCCUCCAAAAGACAUGCGUGAAUGGGCGUGCCUUCGCUGAAGUUUGGGCAUCGGGCUGGCAACUCAACCAUAAAAAUCUACUGCCAGUCAUUAGCGGGCCGGAGUUCCGCUGUGGCGACCCCUAACAGGGAAAAGCCAAAAAGAAAAGACAAAGAAAAGGCUUGGCACUAGAUUAGAGGAAAGUCAGACUUGUGGAAUAGUUGCCUCCACCAUUGGAUAAACAAGCACCAUGGCUAAAGAUCCGUUGAGUGAUGCAGGUCUUCACUAUGACGAACUUAACAAACUCAGAGUUUUGGACCCCGAAGUUACCCAGAAGACUGUGGAACUCAAAGAGGAAUGUAAAGAGUUUGUAGACAAAAUUGAACAAUUUCAAAAAAUAGUUGGAGGCUUAACUGAAAUUGUUGAUCAACUAGCAAAGGAAGCUGAAAAUGAAAAAAUGAAGGCAAUAUGUGCAAGGAAUCUACUUAAGUCAGUUGCCAAACAGAGGGAAGCACAGCAGCAGCAAUUACAGACUUUGAUAGUGGAGAAGAAAAUGCAACUUGAGAGGUAUCGAGUAGAAUAUGAGGCACUGUCAAAAAUAGAGACCGAGCAAAAUGAGUUUAUCGAGCAGUUCAUCCUUCAGAAGUAGUGCACCUAUACUAGGAUUAAUUUAUAAAUGGAUGUCCUGGUAGCCCUUUACAAGGAUGGAUCAUUCCAGUACUGUACAUUCCUUUCAACUGAUAAUUUUAUCAUCAGUGCAAAAGAACAUUUCUGACAGAAAAUAAAACAUUUUUUUUUAUAUUACCUUGA